GCUUGUUCUCUAUGCCCGAUUAACUGUCUCGGUGACGUGUGAUUUGCUCGUUGUAAAUAAAUGUAAUCAGUUAUUUUUAACUACAAGCGCUUGGCCGUCUUUCUGACUUUUAUGGAUAAAGACGAUGGAUGGGUGGAUGGAUGGAUAGAUGAUGGACGGUAUAUCGCGCUACGCUUUCCAUCAUCGUCCGCAUGGCAGAAAUCCAGAACUUCCGGUGAUUCCACGUAGCGAGAGUACAUCCGAGUUUCAACCUCUUGAGGAUAAGGAGGUCGAAUAUUUCUUCGCUUCGGAUGCGAGUUCCAUAAUCGAGCACACGAAUCGCGUGAUAUUCUUAGAGGAUGACGAUGUGGCAGCCGUUAAAGAAGGCGCGCUGAGUAUUCAUCGUCUUCGUCGUUGCAUGGAUGAUCCUCACGCUCGCGAAAUCACGACACUGAAGAUGGAGAUCCAGCAGAUCAUGAAAGGCAAUUACGAUUACUUCAUGCAGAAGGAGAUUUUCGAGCAGCCAGAGUCGGUGGUGAACACUAUGAGGGGACGCUUGAAUUUUCAAGACAACUCAGUCACCUUAGGCGGAAUUAAGGAUUACAUUCCCGAGAUCAAAAGAUGCAGACGUCUCAUGCUAAUCGGUUGCGGUACGAGCUAUCAUUCUGCCAUAGCUACGCGGCAGCUUCUCGAGGAACUGACAGAAUUGCCAGUAAUGGUUGAGCUCGCAUCCGAUUUUUUGGAUCGUAAUACGCCAGUUUUUCGAGACGACGUCUGCUUUUUUAUUUCUCAAUCGGGUGAGACAGCUGACACGUUAAUGGCGUUACGUUAUUGCAAAAGUCGCGGAGCUCUUAUCGUGGGUAUAACUAACACGGUCGGCAGUAGUAUCUGUCGCGAAUCUCAUUGUGGCGUGCAUAUCAACGCCGGUCCCGAGAUCGGUGUAGCAAGUACUAAGGCUUACACCUCGCAAUUCAUCUCUCUCGUGAUGUUUGCACUGGUAAUGAGCGAGGACAGAAUCUCUCUUCGCGCGAGACGCUUACAGAUUAUCAAAGGCUUGAAAAAUCUCGAUAAUCUCAUUCGCGAAGUAUUGAAGCUUGACGAUAAAGUUAAGGAACUAGCCAAGUCUUUGUUUCAACACAAGUCCUUGUUGAUCAUGGGGCGCGGAUACAAUUUCGCUACGUGCAUGGAAGGUGCACUCAAAGUAAAAGAAUUGACAUACAUGCACAGCGAGGGAAUUAUGGCCGGUGAAUUGAAACAUGGCCCUUUAGCUCUCGUUGACGAUUCCAUGCCGGUAAUUAUGAUCGUAAUGAGAGAUCCAGUUUACGUGAAAUGCAUGAAUGCACUUCAACAAGUUACCGCGCGAGACGGUAAGCCUAUUGUUAUCUGCGAGGAAGGGGACGAGGAAACGAAGGCUUUUGCCGAUAGGGCUCUUGAGAUACCUAAAACUGUCGAUUGCCUACAAGGAAUUCUCACCGUUAUUCCCAUGCAGUUAUUGUCUUUCCAUAUUGCGGUUUUGCGUGGCUGCAACGUCGAUUGUCCGAGAAACUUGGCCAAGUCGGUCACGGUUGAGUAA